AUGGUGGCGGUGGCUGGAGCCAAGCCUCGCCCCACCCGCGACCUCUUCGUGGACGUGGGUCUGGUGGCCGUCUGGGGCGUCAUCCGGGAGGCGUACGUUGUGUACUACGCCCACGGUGAUGCUGGCUACUACGAAGACUACGGCGACUACGACGACGGCUACUACUACGAAGACGGCUACCACGACGCCGGGUACGCCAACUACUCCGGCGGUGGGGACAGCUACAGCUACUCCUCCGGGUACGAAGUAGAGUCUGCUGAGUCUGCUUCGUCGUUGCUGAGUGUGGAGUCUAGUGACGGGCCGCCUGGUAGUGAGAGAUGGGUAGCCGACUCAGGAGCCGGCAACAGUUUCACCAACAGCAGCCUGCACAUGUACGACCUGCAAGAGAUCCCCGCCAGUAGGAAGUAUGUCGUUGUAGGUGAUGGUCGACUGCUCGAAGUGCAAGCUAUGGGUAGCAUCAAUCUUAGUCUCUUUCAGGAGGAUGAGAAUGGUGAAACAAUGACGAUGUGUGUGAAGCUCACUGACGUGUCUGUAGUAAAGAGCCUGAGCUUCAACUUGUUUUUAACGCAUGCUUUUUCUCUGAAGCAACAAAUCCUCCACGACGAGCGUGGCGCAACCCUACAAAAUGGACUGCUCUUUGCUGGAGAGGAAAAAGCGUCUGCGCUGAUAGCGUCCCGCCCACUGGCGAGAGUCGGUGCCGCGGGGGGCGGGAGCGCGGGCAUCCAAGCCACUCGAACGUGUUCUCCUGGAUCUGUGGGGCCGCUGGUGCCUUCCCUGGGCGGCAACCUCUACCUGUUCGUCGCCGUGGACAGCGCCUCGCGGUGGAACAAGGUCUACGGCCUCCGGCGGAAGUCCGACGCGCUGGCGGCAACGAAAAGGCUGCUGGCGGACGUGGGGCGGUACGACCUCGGACGAAUCGAAUGUUUCCGCGUCGACAACGGCACAGAGUGGACCCGCGGCGAUUUCCGGCGCUUCUGCGACGACAACGGCAUCGGCGUCGAGUUCACCCCGCCCGGCGUCCCGCAGUACAACGGCGUCGUCGAGAGCGCCAUCUGGCGGAUCAUGAAGGCCGGCAUGGCCGCCCGCCGCAGCGCUGGCCGUUUGUUUAACGUCGACUUCGCCUCCAUCCCCGGCCUCGACGAGCGCGGUGACCGUCUUUGGAUGGAAUCGGCGAAGUGGGCCGCCGACGCUCUCAACCAGUCGGCGCCCAAGGCCAGCCCCGGGCGGCGCUCGCCGCACGAGAUGUUCACCGGCGAGCAGGGGCCGUUCCGCGUGCUGCCGUUCUUCCAGCCCGGCUUCAUGCGUGAGGAUCGCCGCACCAAGCUCGACGACCAGGCCACCCUCUGCUACUACCUGAACGGCGGCGACAACCACCCGAGCGGCACCGUCAAGGUCCUCAAGGCGUUCACCGGCCGCGUCGUCUACACCAACAACGUAUCGUGGGGGACUUCAGCGCCUGCGGGCGAGGGGGGUUCCGCUGGUAUCACCGCUGCGCCGACACCUCCCACGUUCACGCCGCCGGUCGUCUUGAUCAAUUUUGGCGCAGCACCGACGCCUUCGAGCGCCGCACCGCCGCCGCCAGCGCCUACGCCGUCGCCCGCUCCCGCUCCCGCUCCCGCUUCGCCCCCUGCCGCAACGCCGCCGCCAGCGACCACCCCGCCGCCAGCGACCACCCCGCCGCCCGCUCCCACGCCUUCACAGCCGCCCUCUGCUGCUUCGUCGUCACCGUCGGCGACCCCCGCUCCUGGCCAGCCGUCCUCUGCCGCUUCGCCGUCACCGUCGGUGACCCCUGAUCCAGACCAGCCGCCGCCGCCGCCGCCGACGGAUGCCGCGAUGCCUCCGCUUACGGCUCACGCCAUGCGGCACCUUCGCCCGGGUACAAAGGCCGAGGGCAUGACAGACCCGCGGCUGCCAUGCCGUACGAGAUCGGGCACAAGGCACAGCACAGGACUCAUCUCGAUGCUAGACAAGAACACUCUGGUGUCGAUGCUGGAGGCUCGGAGCGCGGUGGAUAAGGAGCGCAGGGAGCUGGGGGGGGCGGAGGCCGGAGAGCCGGGGGGAACGGGGGCCGGAGAGCAGGCGGGAGCACUCGCAGCAGUGGACCCGGGGGCUGCAGGAGCGGGCUUUCCACUCGCAUUUGCCACGCUCCUCGCCAACCGNGCGGAGAGCCGGAGGCAGCGGGCGGAGAGCAGGCGGGAGCACUCGCAGCAGUGGACCCGGGGGCUAGCGGAGCGGGCUUUCCACUCCCAUUUGCCACGCUCCUCGCCAACCGGGAAGACAUCGACGCCACGCUGCGUGACCAGCUCCCGCCGGAGCAACGCCCUGACCUUGCGCACUGCCAGGCCAGCGACCUUCGUGAUCCAAAGAGCUAUAAAGAGGUCAUGGCGUCGGAGCACCGGCACCUGUGGAGCGAAUCUGUGA